CCCCAAGCAACGGAGCAUCGAAGAAAUGGAACGCUACUCGAAGAUUGAGAAAGUCGGUGAGGGUACCUACGGAGUCGUGUACAAGGCCCGGGAUAUCAACACGAACAAGAUUGUCGCCAUGAAGAAGAUUCGGUUAGAGGCCGAGGACGAAGGCGUGCCCAGCACUGCGAUCCGAGAAAUCAGUCUACUGAAAGAACUCAAGGACGACAAUAUUGUCACGCUUCUUGAUAUCGUACACGCGGAUCAAAAGCUGUACCUGGUAUUCGAGUUUCUUGACGUCGACCUCAAACGGUACAUGGAGAACGGCAACAAGCAAGGCCGUCCUAUCACCCCCGAGAUCGUGAAGAAAUUUACCCACCAAUUGACGUCUGGGCUGCUCUAUUGUCACUCCCAUCGCAUCCUCCAUCGCGACUUGAAACCGCAAAAUCUUCUGAUCGAUAGAGAUGACAACCUCAAGCUUUGUGACUUCGGCCUUGCACGCGCGUUCGGCAUUCCCAUGAGGACGUACACGCACGAGGUCGUGACACUGUGGUACCGCGCACCGGAGGUCCUCCUUGGAUCGCGCCACUACUCAACAGCGAUCGACAUGUGGUCUGUGGGCUGCAUCUUCGCGGAGAUGUGCAUGCGCGGCCACCCGUUGUUCCCCGGUGACUCCGAGAUCGACCAGAUCUUCAAGAUCUUCAGGGUCCUCGGGACUCCAAACGAGGAGGUCUGGCCUGGUGUAUCCCAGCUGCCUGACUACAAGCCUUCUUUCCCUCAUUGGUCACGACAAGACCUCCGUGACCAGGUUCCGUCAUUGACCCCAGAGGGCAUUGACUUGCUCGAGCUCAUGUUGACGUAUGAUACUGCUAAGCGUAUCUCUGCGAAACGCACGAUGCUCCACCCCUACUUCGCCGACUUCGAGUCGAACUAGGUCGCUCCCCAUUCGCUCUGCCGCCUCAUCCCUGUCCCACGCUCUUCGCUUGUCCGCCGUCGCGACUGUUGUCUUCUUCCGCCCGUCUAUGCAUCACGACCGCACCCUCGCAUACGCAUUCAUGUCCCCGUCCCCACUUGUUACAGUUAGCGUUACAGAUACAGAUACAUCCACCCACCCGUACACUACCAUGUAUUGCCCCCCUUGUGUUUCAUACCUGGUUUCCCG